UCACCCGAGGCUCCGUGGACGGGCGCGGCGCGUCCAUGGCCGGGAUGGCCACGUGCCAGUCAUCCCGCGGCUUCCCCAGGUGGAUAAGGCCCCCCUCAUCGUCUCCCCAAGAAACCCUAGCACCUCCUCCCCCAGAUCCCCCCUUCCUCUCGCUCUCUGUGUGCGAGAACUCGCGCCCGAGAUCUCAUCACCGCGCCCUCGUCGAUCCCGUGGCCGCCGUGCUCCCCUGCGUUUGGGAGGUUGUCCAUGAGCUUCACCGCCGUCGUCUCCUUCGCCUACGUGCAUCGAAUCGAGCAGGGAGGCCCCGUACGCUCGUCCCCGCGCGUCUCCCUCGCCUACGACCGCUGCAUCUCGUCGACGACCGCGACGCGUCCGGGCCGCCCUCGACCUCCUGACCUCGUCCACGAGAACCGGGGGACAAGUGGUAGUACAAAGCAAGUAUGGGGGUUACUGGACAAGACUCGAUCUACGGCCGACUCAGGAGGUUCAAGUAUUCUCUGCAUGAUUAUCAUAACAAAAGUAUUUCCGUUAACAGGUAAGCUCACCACUCAUCAAGCCUCACCAUGCCAUACCGGACAUACUCGUCUCAACGAGGAACUAGGGACAAGCUCGCGUCUACCCAAGGCCGCGACUUUCCCGACUUCCUUCCGGUAUGUAUGAGAAGCUUAUGAGGAUGAUCACUAUCACCAGCACAUCCAUUUAUAACAGCAAAGAAAUCUCCACUAUGCACUCAUGCGUAUGAUUUUUAUCGUCACAUAAAAUAGCGUAUGCUCCAAGUCAAGGUGAUGUUGUAACCGUACCAACAACAUCAAAAAAAUAUUAUGCCAGGGUUCAGAAUGCUUGCCUUCAA